GAGGAGUCCUUGAGUAAAACCAGCAGGCCCCGAAACAAUCAACUCUCGGGGCCCAGCGGUCAGGUCUCAACCAUAGUUAGAAACGCACCAUCAAUCCGAGUUAGCUUCCAACGCUUCAGGUUUAGCUUCCAGAUCUGCUCCAAGAUUAGGGUUUCCAGAUUUCCAAUCGUUCUCAUUUUCUCAGAAAACAAAAACAGCAGAAAUUGGUGGUCGAUUUGUUUCAUUCUGGAUCGGGCCGUUUCGAAUAUCUCGCUUCUUGAAGAUUUUUGAUUCAUCUCUGCAAAUUCAUCGUGUCAUCGCAAAGAGCGAAAUUGGAGAAGAACAAGGGAAAAAUGGAGACGCAGAGGAUUAUAGAAUUCCCGCACAAGAACAUGGACAAGCGACCGAGGAAACGAGCUCGCUUAACUUGGGAUAUACCCCCUCCUCUUCCUCCUCCCAAGGUGGUUACACCUAUCUUUUGUGGGCAGGAGUUUGGGAACGCAGCAAUGGCCAAUUGUGGAUAUAUUUCAUCUGUGUUUUACAGCGGAGUGCCUCGCAAUGCCUCCCCGCCUUGGAGAUCAGAUGACAAAGAUGGCCAUUAUGUCUUUGCCAUCGGAGAAAAUUUAACUCCUCGCUACAGGAUUCUUGGCAAAAUGGGCGAAGGGACUUUUGGGCAAGUCUUAGAAUGUUUUGACAAUGAAAAGAAAGAAGUCGUGGCAAUCAAAGUCGUUCGCUCCAUUCACAAAUAUCGAGAAGCUGCAAUGAUUGAAAUCGAUGUCCUUCAGAGGCUUGCCAGGCAUGAUGUUGGUGGCACCCGUUGUGUGCAAAUACGGAAUUGGUUUGACUAUCGUAAUCAUAUUUGUAUUGUAUUUGAGAAGCUUGGACCAAGCUUAUACGAUUUUCUUCGCAAAAACAGCUACCGUUCAUUUCCCAUUGAUCUUGUUCGGGAGGUUGGCAGACAACUUUUGGAGUCUGUAGCAUUUAUGCAUGAUUUGCACCUUAUUCACACUGAUUUGAAGCCAGAAAACAUUCUUCUUGUCUCCUCCGAGUAUGUCAAAGUGCCGGAUUAUAAGUUUUUAUCACGGUCGACAAAAGAAGGUUCCUAUUUCAAGAAUCUGCCUAAGUCGAGCGCCAUUAAACUCAUUGAUUUUGGAAGUACAACAUUUGAACAUCAGGAUCACAGCUAUGUGGUGUCAACUCGUCAUUAUCGUGCACCAGAAGUUAUAUUGGGUCUUGGAUGGAACUAUCCUUGUGAUUUAUGGAGUGCGGGUUGCAUACUUGUUGAGCUAUGCUCUGGAGAGGCCCUUUUCCAAACACAUGAAAACUUGGAGCAUCUUGCCAUGAUGGAGAGGGUUUUGGGGCCAAUACCCCAGCAUAUGGUGCUUCGAGCUGACCGCCGUGCUGAGAAAUAUUUCAGGAGGGGUGCAAGGUUAGAUUGGCCUGAUGGUGCAACAUCGAGGGAAAGCAUGAAAGCAGUUUGCAAAUUGCCCCGUCUGCCGAACCUAAUAAUGCAGCAUGUUGAUCACUCUGCUGGCGAUUUGAUUGAUCUCUUGCAAGGGCUCCUCCGUUAUGACCCAGCAGAGCGACUCAAGGCAAGGGAAGCACUUAGACAUCCCUUCUUUGUGAGAGAUCCAAGAAGGUGUAGCUACCCCUUGUAAUUGGAAGUUCUCAUCCAUGUUAAAGUUUGAGCAUGAGCAAUGGAUGAGUUGAUUGUACAAUGAUUGUACAAUCCUUCCUUACUGUAUAGUUCAAGUCUAUUCUCUUUCCAUUUUAUGUCCAUUUGUUUGUUUUACUGCUUUCUUUAUAUGGUGAUCCCAAAUGAACUGGAUCCAAGUGAUUUCCCUCGAAUGUCCCACCACAAGUUUCUGCUUUA